AUGACCACUUACAGUCAGCCCACCUCGCUUCCACCACUGGAUACAGACCACCGACGUCUGCUUAGUUCGAUCGAAUCAAAUGACUCGCCUCUCACAGACCAGGAAAGCUCAGACGAGGCAAUUCCGGACCCGGCUCAGGAAGAUGUCAUCGGCGUUAGCAUCUCUGGUGCUCAGUCGCUAUUGAAGUCACCUCAAACCCCAGCAAUCGAAAAGCAACGUGUACUCGAACGGAGCCUAGACUACUUUGACCAGCAAACGAAGCCGGACACAAUCCCAGAGGCCGCGGACAACGACGACUCGUCUCCUAAUCACUCACCUGUGGUAUCGCCAUGGCAAGCCCACCCAUCCGCCGACCAAAAGUCAUCCAUAUCCGGCGCUUUCAACGAUGCAAGGAAUUCAACCAAACGACGUUCGCGGUCAAGUUCAAACAUGUUCGGGAGCCUGAUCAAGAUGCUGCCAGAUCUGCCGUCUCUUCCCAACCUGAAAUCAAUCACGAAUGUAGGUGGCACCGAUAUGGCGACGAGGCAAUCCUCCAACGAGAGUUCAAAGACAUCUGCCUCGAGUGGCGACGGAGGUGGGAGGGCGAUCGAGACACUUCCCACACGAUCGAAGCCAUUCUACUCGUACAUUGGUGGUGUAGACGGCCCAGCCGACAAACAGCCAGGUCCCAUACCUCAGUCUGACGGGGUCAGAGACAUGUUCAAUGCAGCGAUCAGGAGGACUGAUAGUUCACGGACAACUCGUUCCAAGCGGCACAGCGAUCCUGCAGUAGCUCCUUCAGCGACACUCGCCCACGAGUCCUCCCAUGGUCUAGAUGGCAGCGCUGCAUCAAUGCUUGAGCCCAACUCUCCUGGCACCACCGCCCAGAUGAGACGGAACUCAGAGAGCUCGCUGUAUCUGAGCCGCCGAGUGACAUCAGCAUCCACGUACGACGACACGAGUCUUUUUGCCAAUGUGACUGAUAUGGCCAACUCACGGUUCAAGGCAAUCACAGACAGCUUACAGAACUCGACGAUCCGCUUCCCUCGUUUCAUGAAUGCUUUGCAAACGGCCAAUCAGAGCAAAAAUGUCUCGACAGAGACAACUAGAAACACCGUGAUCAAUGCUCGGUCCUCGAAGAAUGAGCACAUCCAUCAGUACACGAGUAUACACGACAUCAAAAAAUCAAAGAAAUUGAUCGAGCUGGAGACCAAUCCCCACCGAGCGCAUCCUUUGUUCUUUGAAGCCCUCGACGAGCUAGAAGGCGAUCUUGUCAUCAUGGGAGGCUAUCGAGGCUCUAUAUUGCGAGAUGCCAAGUCGCACCGUCAAUUGUGGGCACCUGUCAAAGUCGGCUUAGGCUUGCGGAACGUAGAUCUCGAGGUCGGUCUCUACAGAGAAGACGAAGAAAAGGCUCACGAAAAAAUCAUUGCGUCCGGCAUUCUUGCCAACAUUGGCCCAAUAGACAUCUGUCGCCGGCUCCUAAAGCAUUCUCGGAAAUGCUCCAACGCGAAGGCAGGGAAGCUGAGAACACAUGACUGGGGUUACGACUGGAGACUGAGCCCGGACUUGCUGGCUGGCAGACUCAUAACCUUUCUAGAAGGCCUCGAAUGCAACCAGCCGCACACGCCGCCAGAGAAACGGGGUGCAUGGAUGAUUGCGCACAGUCUCGGUGGCUUGAUCACCAGAUAUGUUGUGAAUCAACGUCCAGAGCUCUUCGCGGGAGUGCUCUACGCUGGCACACCAAUGAAUUGUGUCAACAUCCUUGGUCCACUCCGUAACGGCGACAACGUCUUGUUGAGCUCAAAGGUGCUGACUGCUCAGGUCAAUUUCACCAUUCGAACAAGCUUUGCACUGCUCCCGGAAGACGGAAGAUGUUUCAUACAGAAGGACACGAACGAGCGUUACGACUUGGACUUCUUCGAUCCAUGGACUUGGCACGAGUGGCGUCUCUCGCCAUGCAUAAAUCCCGCUCAAACACCUCCUGCCAUUCUGAGGCAGCGAGAGCGCAGCAAGAGUCUCGUGUCGAUGAUGACACAAAGUGUCACAAGUCUGCCGAGACCUAACCUGUUCGGUGGAAAUUCUGACGCAUCUCGGGAGGGUUCGCACACGAGCAGGUCGAUAGCGAGCUCUGGAUCUUCCAGCACAAAAGUUCCGUCCUCUACGGCGCGAUCAGCAGCAAGCAGUACAGCGCAAUAUGCAGAGCAUCUGGUCGCAGAUCCCCUCGGCGAAGCAACUGUUGAGCCAACGAUGCAUUCAUCUUCAAGCAAGACCUCUGUGGCAACGGCUUGCACGCUCGAUCCUGACGAAACUGUACCGACUGUGUAUGGCGCCCGUGUCGCUUCGAAGGAGGCGAUCAAGUAUACUACCUGCUUUGACGACCUCGCCUUCGCCGCAGGUGAUGGGGUCGUACUAGCCAGCGCUGCACAGCUUCCAGAAGGUUACCGGGUGGUGAGGGGCGGAAGGAUCGAAAGUGACCGUGGCCAUGUCGGCCUCAUGGGUGACCUCGAGGGCGUCGGUCGGGCCCUCAAAGCACUUAUUGAAGGCAGAAAGAGGGGAAUUGGCGCAGGCAGCUCCGAGAACCUGAAGGCAUAG